AUGCUCCGCCGCCGCCCACGCCGCUCACGCCCCCCACGCAUAAACGACCAGCACCACCCGGCCAUAAUCGACCGGAUCAUCAGCCACGUGCCGCCAGCCACCCUGCUGGUCAUGCGCGCCUGCUCGCGCCGCCUGCGCGCCCGCGCCGACGCCAUCCUCUUUGCGCACGUCGAAGUCAUGGUCACCGAGCCCGGGGACCCGCGCGACGUCGUCGUCGUGCCAAAAGGCACGAACAUGCGCUUCGAGUGGCUCAAAUUCGACGAUGCAGACGGCGUCGAGACCAACACCAUCCUCCCCACCGACCCGCGGCGCACAAAGACCCGUAAGCGCCUGCGCGCAUACAUUGUCGCCAUGCUGCAGCGCACGCGCGUGCUCGACGUCCCGGGUUACAUGAUCCCGGAGCUUGUGUUGAUUCUCCACAUGGGCCAUUCCGCGAUAGAAACCGACGACAGUUCGGGGAGCUCGAGCAGUACCGACACCGUUAUCAUGGGGGACAAUCCCCUCGCGGUGCGCAGGCCGGACAGCGAGGACGAGUCGUCGUCCUCCUCCUCAGACGGGUCCGAGUCCUCGACGCGCACGACGAUCAUGCUCACUUUCGCGGACAUGUGCGCGAUCAAAGCCGCCAUCACCGCCCUCCCCCGCUACACGCUGCGGUGCUACCACCCCUGCCACCCUCGCAAGCCGCCCCACUUCGCCCUCGACAUCGUCAACGACCGCGAGACCCGUCCCCGCGUGGUCUUCACCCUCGACGCCUGCACCGGCCCGGGUGUGAUCGUCGCCCCGCAGACCAUCAUCCACAUCCACGAGCGCGUCGAUGUUUUCAGGCUCGCGGACGCCCUUGCCAGCCUCGUAGCCGUCAACGAGCGCUGGCUCGACCCGCCCGAGUUCCAGAUCACCGUUGUCGGCGGCACGCGCCGCAGCAGCCGCUCGCUCGCGGACCGUUCUGUCCUUUUCCACGCCGCACUUCAUCAUGAGUUGUGCGAGACGACGCCGGAGUCGGCGACGAUCGUGCAGCGUGUGCGCGCGCACACGCGCUUCCUCUCGAAGAAUGCUUAUGCGGCCGAGGUUGGCGCUGCGCGCUUCGCUUUGGAGACGCAGCAAAAUCCCUACGCUGCCUGAGUCGUCGUGCAGCUCAGAGCGCGGUGCUGCCGGAAGGUUUUAACUGAAGUUUAAUUUACUUCUUUCUGUGAUAUACCGGACGUUCUUGACCGAUGUUGUAGAGUCCCAAUGGUGAUAACGUG